UCGUAAAUUUACAGCAGAGAACGAAAGAGAAAAUACCACUGACAAAUCAGAAGUCAUAGAGAGAACACUGAUUAGAGAGAAUGACAUAUACAUUGUAUCAAGUAUUCAAGUUAUCGUGAUGUUGGGAUCGGGAUUGGACGCCUAUACAAUGACGUGCCGAAUUAACGAUAAUACGCAACAAAAACAUGAUGGGUGGAUCAACCAACAAUGUUGCAAACAAUUCAUCGAUUUAUCGCCAUGGACUUUUUUUGUGUAAACCAUUCAAUGUGAUAAUCUUAAUCUAUGGGGUAUUUGAGAGAUACAAGAAAAUAUGACGAUAAAUCCGCCUGUUGAAGGGUGUUAUUUGUUCCGAAAUCAAUCAUCAGGAAACGAAUCUAUGAAAUCAAAGAUGGCCGACCAGUCACGUCUGGCAAGUUUCUAUUCAUAACCUCGUAUCGCCAAUUCAAUGUAUGACAAGGAAACGCAACUAGAACAACACCAGGCUGAACACGUUUCAAGUCCAGAAGAUACAGCUCCUUCGGACGAGACACAGACAGUAGAAUCACGUGAUCAAAGUGGCAGAGGAAACAUGUAUAAUACAAAUCAUGAUUCUAUUAGUCAUACUAGGACCAACGAAACGUCGACUGGAACACUAGAGACAGUCCCACCGAAGUAUCAGCAGUUCUCUGUACUCGCCACCCGUCUUAACUCAUAUAGACACUGGCCAAAGCAUCUCAAACAACGUCCCGAGGACUUGGCAAAAGCUGGUCUCUUUUAUGAAGGAAAAAACGACUACGUAAGAUGCUUCCACUGCGCAGGGGGAAUGCGUGAAUGGGACCCGGAAGAUGAACCUUUUUAUGAGCAUGCGCGGUGGUUCCCUUUUUGUCCAUUCAUGAAACUGAUCAAGGGCGACAAGUACAUAAUGGGUGUCCAGUCAGGAACAAUCCAACCACCUGAUGUACAGCGCGAUGAGUCCAGACAAGAGAUCGAUAUGUUUGAACAUCCAGCUGUACUCAGCGUCAUGGAACUGGGCUUCAGUAAAGACAUUCUGACAAAGGUCAUUACAGUGUACAGGAAACGUCACGGCACGGAUUUAUGUGCUGAGAAGCUUUUGCAUAUCGUCUGGGAAAUAGAAGAAAAUUAUGACAUGGAUGUCAUCCCAGAAGACGACAUUAUAGAAACCAAACAGGCCAAUCAUAAUCAAGAGGAAAGGGAAUGUGAAAGAACAUGUGAAGAUACGGAACUCACGAAGAAAGAUGAAAUUACGAAAACGAAAGGUAUUGAUGAGCUAACAGAGGAAAAUCGAGAACUUCGUGAACAGAAGAUAUGUAAGGUGUGUCUCGACGAGGAGGCUAGUAUUGUGUUCUUGCCUUGUGGACAUUUGGUCACGUGCCCUAUGUGUGCCUCGGCCUUACGGAAGUGUCCAGUUUGUCGGACUUACAUCAGGGGCACGGUCAAGGCUAUCAUAUCGUAAGCAAAUGUGUACGACCGAACAACAUUCAGCUCAAAAAUUGCGCAAGCGAGCAUUACCUACAGCAAAAUUGAACAUGUGAGCAAUACGAAAC